AUGCGAGUAUUGAAGGGUCUUUUCACCCAAUUCGUGCGGACUCGAUUGUCUCCCCGUCAGAUCGAUGCGAAUGGGAUUCUGGUCGACGAUAAGUCUGGAGGGAUUCCUUUCCUCUUCUCAUAUCUGGUGACCUCGCAUCAAAAUGUCCUGAUGGAAUGUGACUACAAUAUGCACAAAUCAAACAGCACCUUCUUCUCCGAUCUGGACAUCAAUCGAGCGCAAUUGCUCCUAAGCCUUUUCCCACACCUGCCACGCUGGGCACCUACACCCGAGUUGGCCACCGAGGGCCCCGGAACAGAUACCCAGAAGUCGAAGAAACGUGAAAAAACUGUGAGCAUCGCGCUGGGUGGAACGUCGUGUGUUUUCAAGCGCGAGAUCAAGCCCUUACAGCGAUACGAGGUCUGGUCUCGUGUACUGUCGUGGGACGCAAAGUGGUUGGUGUUGGUGAGCUAUUUCGUCAAGGCAGGGACCCACGAGGGCGUGAUGCGAGCCUUGCAAAAGGGGGAGCAGAGUAAGGAGGGACUAGACGCACAGAAAGCCAUUCUUUCUGUCGCAGUGACUCGAUAUGUGUUCAAGGAUGGACGCCGAACGGCGCCACCGGAGGAGGUUCUCCAGUGUGUGGGGCUGUAUCCAUCCACCCCUGCAGAGACAGACCAGCAGGAUAUUUACGCUAGCUUGAGAAAGCCGGGGUCAGAUGCGCUGGGUUUCUUUGGUUCAUUGGAUUCGCUGCCAGCGCAUUUCGGUGAUGCGAGUUCAUCGAUUCUGGGAUACUACAGUGAUUUUUAA